CGCGGCAGCUCCGGCGGAGCGGCCAGCCAGUUGUCACACGACAGCCGAGCGAGAAAGACGCGGCCUGAACGACCUGCGUGUUCUCAAAACUUUACGCGACUAACAACUGCAGUAUAUUAAAAACAUUUGACUGAGAGUGUUCAGUUGCAAGUUAAAGUGUUGUGAUAGUGAUGACAUUGUCUCGGAAUAUUCGGUUCUCAUGUCUCCUGGACAAGCUUUGAUGUCAGGGAUGGAUGUGAGAGACCGACUAGUGGAGGAGAUUGUACUCCUAGCGCUGUUCCUGGUGUCAACUGCGGCCAACUCGUUGGCUUUACUUGUUUUCUGCCGUCGACCGGGACUUAGAACUAUAUCAAAUCGGUUCGUCAUCAAUCUACUUGCGACGAAUCUUUUGACGACCUCACUGCUGGCGCCCGCGCUGUUUGGCGAGCACUCUGCGCAGGAGGACAUCCAGUCGUGGGUGGAGGCGGGAGACGCGGCGGCGGCCGCAUGCAGCCUCUCCUCACUGCUGUCCAUCAUGCUGAUAGCACUGGACCAGCACCACGCCGUCACCGACCCGCUGCGCUGCCACACCCGGCUGCUGCAGCGCCGGCCGGCCGCGCUAUGCGCUGGGACCUGGCUCGCAGCCGCUUGCGCAGCUGCUAUCCGCGCAGCCAUCGCCGUGGUGCGCCACUUGUGCCCGCUCGAGCCCGUUGUGCAGGGAGUCGAGCUGGCCUACUACGUCGUGUACUUAAUACUAGGAGUAAUUACACCAAUCGCCAUCGUGUGCUUCAUGUAUGCGAGAAUAUACCGCGCGGCGCGCUCAUCUGGCCUCCGUGCGCGAGCACAUGGUGCCAGCGCGCUGCAACUACACGAACCUCCCACGAUCCUACCCGAUCUUGCUGAGGAGGGAGAGGGACUGACCCUCAAAAUUGACGGGCCUGAGUGCUCCGUAACCGUAGAAAGCGAGAGGAAAUUCGGGCCAUUCCUAUUACCACCCGAACGACCAGUGCGAUGCCCAUCCGUUGCCAGUCUACGCAAUUCCCGUAAGGAAGGAAAGUCUAACGAGGAUCUGAGGAAGGGGCUGCCAGCUGUCAGCUCAGCACCUUCACUAGCGGCUCCAUUGUUAGCCGUACAACAGCGCACGCCGCAGCCUAGUCAUAGUGGGUCCAGAAUCACAUCAAUUAGGUGUCGCAUAUCAAACGCGUCACUGUUUAGAUAUAGAGAAGAAUCUCGGGCGGCCCGUGUUGGGCUGCUGACGGGUGCCCUGGUGAUGCUGCACGUGCCGCACGCAGUGGCCGCCGUGAUGUCGGCAGUGAUGCCAGGAUUGGCGGACUGCGCGCGCACUCCUUCGCUGGCGCUGUUAUUACUAGCGUCAGCGUUGUCACCGUUCCUAUUCGCGCUGCGCUCACGGCGCGUACAAAGAGAAGCGCGCAGAUUACUUCUGCCGGAAAAAAGUGCUUGGGAAAGAGCGUCAGGGGUCGCGUCUGCGGCGGCGGUGGACGGGCAGCGCGCACGGGCUGCUCUCGAGCUGCUGCGCACACUGUCCCCGGGCAGCAGCGCGCCCGAGUCGGGCACCAGCAGCAGUGGGGAGGCGUGCCGCGGCUCGUUCAGCUCGGGCGGCAGCACGCAGCUGUCGUCCGCGUCGGACGAGUGACCGGCACUCCGCGCGCCCGCGCUGCUCCCGUCGCGGGUGCGCUUCGCUCCGCGUCCCACCGCUCUACUCAUCUGUGAUACUAGGCUAAGCCGCAACGCGCUCGGCGCGACCGUUAGACUGAUUUAGUAUUAAGUUAAUUUAUUGUGUCCACGUACCUUUCCGCUGAGCGGAGCCAAUUUUUAUUACCUGAUAAAAUAUAAGAAAAUAAAAU